AUGGCGUCGGUGGCGGAGAUGCAGCCCCUCGCGCCGGCGGGGUACCGCCGCGCGCCGGAGAUGAAAGAGAAGGUGGAGUCGUCGGCGGUGGACCUGGAGGCCGGGACCGGGGAGACGCUGUACCCAGGGAUCUCGCGCGGGGAGAGCGCCCUCCGCUGGGGCUUCGUCCGCAAGGUCUACGGCAUCCUCGCCGCGCAGCUGCUCCUCACCACCGCCGUCUCCGCCCUCACCGUCCUCCACCCCACCCUCAACGCCACGCUCUCCGACUCCGCGGGCCUCGCCCUCGUGCUCGCCGUUCUGCCAUUCAUCCUGAUGAUCCCAUUGUAUCAUUAUCAGCACAAGCACCCACACAACUUCGUUUUCCUGGGUUUGUUCACUUUGUGCUUGAGCUUCAGCAUUGGUGUGGUUUGUGCUAACACUCAAGGAAAAAUUGUUCUGGAGGCUUUAGUAUUGACGGCUGGUGUGGUGGUUUCUUUGACUGCAUAUGCUUUCUGGGCCUCAAAGAAGGGCAAGGAAUUCGGGUAUCUGGGGCCUAUUCUGUCUUCUGCGCUUACUAUCCUUGUCCUAACUAGCUUUCUUCAGAUUUUCUUCCCAUUGGGACCAGUGUCAGUUGGUUUGUUCGGUGGGCUAGGAGCUUUGGUCUUCGCAGGCUUCAUUCUGUAUGACACCGAGAACCUGAUCAGGCGCCACACCUAUGAUGAGUAUAUCUGGGCAUCAGUUGGGCUAUACCUUGACAUCCUGAACCUGUUCCUUUCCAUCCUAAACAUGCUCAGGAGCAUGCAAUCCGACAACUAG